AGAACUACUAAUUGCACUUGCGGAAACUGAAGAGAAGGAACUUCCGUAUUGAUAUCUCCCCGACUCACUUCCUAGUUCCUAACCGUCCCUUUCUUUCUUGAAGUGCGAACAGUACAGUCCUCUUACAACACCAGAAAAAUCACAUCACCUCCCUUUUGCUUUGAUUUCCUUCUUCUUCUUUAUUUUCUUCUAGGGUUUCUUCUUGAAAGCUGAAAUGGGUUCUACUUCAACAUCAUCAUCUUCAAAGAUUUCUUGCUUUCAAUGUGAAGAGACCAGCUCCAGCUUUGACCAUUUCAGAAAUGGCUGGCGCCUUCGCAGUGGCGAGUUUGCUCAGCUCUGCCCCCGCUGCGCUUCCAUUUAUGAGGAAGGAAAGUUCUGUGAGGCUUUCCACUCAAACGAUGAUGGUUGGAGGGAUUGUGAAUCUUGUGGUAAGUUGGUCCAUUGUGGAUGUAUUGUCUCAUUUAAUGCAUAUUUGCUGUUGGAUUUUGGUGGAGUAAUCUGCAUGGAGUGCUCAAGGAUUAAUUUUGCUCUGGCACGAAGCAGAUGCCUGUUUCUUGAAGGUCAGCCAGAUAUCACCAGGCAAACUGUCAUAGAGCCUCAAUACCGGCCUCGAAGCAGUGAGAUGGAAGUGCAACAGAUAUCCAGAAAUUUUGAAUGUGUGGUCACUCCUUUAUUUGAGAAACUGCUAUCUGCUACCGAUGCUGACCUGAAACUUGCACGCCUUAUAAUACCAAAGAAAUGUGCAGAGGCUUUCUUCCCAGAUAUUUCUGAGCCACGUGGAUUUCUCCUCAAAAUCCAGGAUACAGAAGGCAAGGAUUGGGAUUUUAACUAUCGUUAUUGGAUCAAUGGUGGCAGUAAGAUGUAUAUCCUGGAGGGGCUUAGAGACUUUAUGAUUUCAAAGAGAUGGCAAGCAGGGGAUACUGAGUGGAACCGGGUGGAAAGUUGAUAAUUGGACUAAGGAAAACUUCUUCUCUGCAACCACCAAAUGAGAAAUGAAGCCGGGGCGCGUAUGAAAAGAUUUAAGCUGAAGUCUUUUGCCUGAAUUCAGGGAGUUGUUGUUCCUGACUGGAUAUUCUGCCUCCCCUUGGAAGCAUUUAUCACCUUUGUGGAUACUCUGUCAACCACCAAGUAGAAUCGGAGUGUUUUGAGCCAAUCAAAAUGUACCCUUUCAAUCCAAACGUUGGAUAAAAUGCCUUUUUUGUGGGGGCUAUUUUUUUAUCUGUUCAAACUGCUUAAAGUUAAACUCAACCAUGUGUAAUUAGAGUGGUAGAUUAAAGAGAGGAUUUAUAACCUCGGUCUGUUUAUGUAACUGCUUGAGGAAGUAUUUUUCUCGCCCCUUUUAAUCUUCAGUUCCUUUUAAACGAAAGUAGAUGCUUUGUCAGAUGAUCUUACUACUAUA